AGCAGCUCAAAUAUACUUCAUGAUCUGUCAUAAAAUAAAAUAAAAUACGUAAAAUAAAAUAAAAAAGGAAUAACAAACUGAUUUAAGAUUUUACAAACAAUUAAUACCUCAACUAAAUUAAUAAUCAACAUAAUAUAAAAACAUUACGACAGAUUGAUAGAACUUUUGUUUGUUUUCUUAAGUGCACGUGGUCAUUUUUACGGACCAAUCACGUGGCUUCUUUGAUUCGCGCCUCGCGGGGUUAAAUGGGGUCACCGGCAGGUGGCUGCAGUUAAUUGUUACGUCAUUCAGAAUGGGUCGCGCGCAGGUGAGCGUGUGAUUGGCUCCGGGCCGCGCGGAGGAUGGUUGUCAGUGUCCUCGCUGGUGCAGCUCGUUAGCGCCGGAGGGUUUUUUUUUUUUUUUUUUUUUUUGGGGUCCAGCUACCAUGAGGGCUUCCCGCAGCAGAACCAGCUUCCUCCUCACCUGCGUUCUGUUCGUGGUGUGUUCCGUCUCCGCCGGAGCGGGUUCCGGGCGGAGAAUGGCCUCUCAUCACCUCCACCGGCCGCUGACCGACGAGCAGAGAGCCGACCAGAACCUGCACUUCAUGCUCAGUUUGUACCGGAGCGCGGCCGAACCAGACGGCAGGCCCAAGCAGCACCGCAAGUUCGGCUCCAACACGGUCCGUUUGGUGAGGCCGUCUGCGUCUUCAGUGCGCCACCUGCCAGCACGCAAAGACCAUCACUACACGUUCACUGUCCAGUACAACCUGGACACUCUUCCCUCAGAGCAACUGAUCAGAGCCUCGUUCGUCCACCUUCGAUCUUCCUCGACUGCAGCGUCUCACGACCACCAGGCCCUCCAGCCGCCCCGCUGCCGGGCUAAGGUCACCUCACUUGGCAAAGAGAGUCUUGUCACCCUGGAACCCCACGAGCAGUGGACAGAGACGGACAUCACUGCACACAUCAGUGGACACGUCCUGCAAGGUCGGACCCGGGGUCUCGCAGAACACUUGAACCUAACGGCUCAGUACUGGUGCACAGAGCAGUUUGGCGGACGGUCGUGGUGGCUGGCCCGUCCUCGAGCAAGAAAAAGGUGGUACGGAGAGACUCACGUUGAAGUCCCCUCUCUUCUUCUGUACUUGGAAGAGGAGAGGGAAGUGAAGGACUGGAUGGGGGAAUUGUUCGGGGCUGAAGGGGAAAAAAUCUUGGAGCAAAUCCGGCAGUGGCACCCUACAAUCCGCCGACGGCGCUCCAAAGACUCUUCACCUUCAGUGGAUGUCCUGAAAAAUGCUCCGGCAAUCUCGUCCUCAAUCAUCUCCGACAUCCCCACCUUCAAGCGCAAAACGAGCAUGCCCAAAAACCGCUGCAAGCUCCACUCCUUCCGCCUCUCCUUCGACGAGCUCGGUUGGAGUCACUACUUCAUAGCCCCGCCUAUGUACAACCCACGUUUCUGCCAGGGCGACUGCCCGAGGGUGCUCCACUAUGGCUACCACUCGCCCAACCACGCCAUCAUCCAGACCAUCAUCAAUGACCUGGGGGUCGGCGACGUGCCGCCUCCGUCCUGCGUGCCUUAUAAGUACAUGCCCAUGAGCGUGCUGGUGGUGCACAAGAAGAAGGUGGAGUACAAAGAGCUGGAUGACAUGGUGGCAGAGUCCUGCACGUGCCGCUAGACGCCGGUUGGACAUCUGAGGUGCUGCAUUUUAACAAUCCUGUUGAGUAGAUUUUGCAUUAAUAAUAAAAAGACUAGAUGGCAGAUCUGAUUGGCUGUUAUUGAUCUCCAGCUAGUGGCUAACUAA